AUGUCUAACAACGAAGACAACAAAAACCUCAUCGGUGGCCUCGGCGACACCCUCGGCCAAACAGUCGGCGGCGUCACCAACACCGCAGGUGGCCUACUAGGUAACGUCGGCAAAACUGUCGGCGACGUAACCUCUGGUCUCGGUAACACCGUCUCAGGCGCAACCCAGGGUCUCGGAAACACCGCAUCUGGCGCUGGCCGCACUGUGGGUGAUGGAAUCAGCGGUGCCACUGGUGGUAGUGGUUCUAGUGGUAGCGCAGGACAACAGAUUGGAGGAAAAGAGCAGACUGCGGAAAAUCCUUUGGGAUUGUAA